ACCUCAGAGGAGGCACAUAUCAGCUUCUUUUGUUUUGACGCGCUGUGGUGCAAGGGAUACCAAGCAUGAGAUCCCUAAGUUUGUUGCUACUCAGCGCCAGCUGCGCGCUAAUCCUUAGUUUAGCCUACGCCCAUCCCCCAGAGGGAGUGUGGAAGAAGAAACUCACCUGGAAGGAGGAUUGGGUCCAGGUGUGGAAGACCGUCAAGAAGGAGGCUUGGGAAACCAAGUGGAAAAAGGUUUCGGUACCAAUAUGGAAGGAAGUCAAGGUUCCUGUCUGGAAAGAAGAACAGGUUCCCGACUGGAAGAUCGUUAAGAAACCGAAAAUCGAAGAGCGAGAGGUGCCUGCCUGGAAGGAGGUCAAGGUGGCCGAAUGGAAAAAGGUAACGAAACCCAUUUGGGUGCCCACCAAGGUGGCCGUCUGGAAGGAAAUCCAGGUGCCCAUCUGGAAGGAGGUGCAGGUCCCCUACUGGAAGGAAAUUCAAGUGCCCAUUUGGAAGGAAGUACAGGUGGCAGACUGGAAGCAAAUGUUUGAGCCCCAAUGGGUGAAAAUGGGAAUUCCCGGUGAAAAGUUCUUGGGCAAGGAUCACGAGGGCUGGGAGUACACCAGCCACGAUCUCUGGCGCAAGAAGCUCAUCUGGAAGCCUGUGUGGAAGAAGGUCUGGCGCACCGAGAAGAAGCAGGAGUGGAAGACAGAGAAGAAACAGGAGUGGCGCACUGAAAAGAAGCAGGAAUGGAAGACCGAGAAGGUCCAAGAAUGGAAGCAGGACAAGAAGCUGGAAUGGAAGGAUGAAUGGAUCCAGGUUUGGAAGCCCGUGAAGAAGCAGAUCUGGAUCAAGGAGAAGCGCGAGACCUGGAUCGAGGAGAAGGUGCAGAUCUGGCGCACUGAGAAGCGUCAGGUGUGGGCCACCGAGAAGAAGCAGGCGUGGAAGGACGAGUGGCAGUCGGUGAACGUGCCCGUGUGGAAGGAGGUUAAGGUACAGGAGUGGAAGAAGGUGUGGAAGCCCGUCUGGGAGAAGGUGUGGGUGCCAGUGAGCCAUGGCCACGGAUGGGACUAAGUCCGCGGCAGGGGUCUCCGCUCGGCCACUUUUCUCGCUGGCCAGGCGACAGCACUGAUAUCUGAUAACUGAUCCCGCUGAUCCCCCCACAUCCCAGUACAACCCAACCUGCUGAAAUUGUUACAUAGACUUAAUGUUGAAAGGCAUCCCACUUUCGUCCUGCAUUUUGUAAAAAAGACUUCAUACCUUACGUUACCUGUUGGAAUUGCCCAUCUCCUCCCGCCCCUGUCAUCGCCGUCUCCCCCAAGUGUACAAAUUAGUCAUGCGCGCGUUUUUGUCUUUAAGUUAUACAAAAUUCAAUAAAACAACAAAAAUUAUAA